AUGGAAACAUCGGAAGUCCUCGUCCACGUCUCCGCUCCCAGCACCGCCGCGGACGAUGCCCGCUAUCGUGCUCAGGUCCAGGCCAUCCUCGGCUUCCAGCCUGCCUCGUGCCAAGUAAUCACUCUCAGAUCGGACGAGGGCUCCUAUGAUCAAGCCCAGGAUCGGAGUCAAGAUCAAGACGAAGGUCAAAGUCUCGAUCGCCUGCACCCCAAUGACGCCCGUCAUCGUGAUGCCGAUGCUCAUGCUCCCCAACCCGUCGGCCCACCUCUCCCUUGCACGUCCGAGUCUGCCUCCGAUCUCGAACCCCACGUGAUCCCUCAUAAUAACAAUGCCGUCUCUUCGACGGAGUUCACCCUCGCCGUUGACGAUCCACCACCCCGUGGUGGCGCCGCGCAGGAUUCGCUAGGUAGUCCGGUCAGCGUCAUACCAGACUCUCAACCCGAGAUAUUGGUAUCGGGAAAUGCCACCGGCUUCGAAUCCUUGGAUCAGUAUCAAAGGACAUCGGCGCCGGAUCUCUCGUCGCCACCUCAAUCAAAGCGGUGUCGAAUAGAAUCAGAUCCAACUCCAGAUGAACACUCAAAAGUGCUCCCGGACAAACAGCUUCCUCCCGCAGCGCGCGACGGAAAACAAGAACCAGAGCUGGAAUUGAAAGGAAAACACUCUCCACACCAGAGCGAUCAUGAACCUCGUCCUCCCCAUUCUACCCCCGCUCCCAUGCCUACAUCCAAACCCAAGCUUCCGGCUAAGGGCAAAGACAAAGACAGCAACAAAGCAUCUCACCCUCCCGCUCCCGCCCUCGAAGUGACAAUUGCUCCUCCCAUGCAAAUCAGACCCCCUCCGCCUCCAAUCUCCAACAAGAGAUUCACCACACACAUCACACCCACCCUAUCCAUGCUCUUCAAACGUCUUCACUCCCCACGAAUCUACACACCUAUCCAGCAGUCCCGACCCCUGGAUAUCCUCGAACGCGGGUACUGGUAUCUUCGUAUUGACAUCCUGCACGCAGACGCCGACGCGAACAAAUCCAAAACCCACCCAAACACAUGGGACCGGUUCCUCUUCAACCGCUUCUGGUCUUUCCUAAGCGAGCUUGUAGGCAAAGAAGGGCGAGCGGGAUGGGGUGUUUGGUGCUACCUCGAAGAUGUUUCUUCGAGCGUUAGUACGGACCCCGGCUCUGGCUCUGAAACACGUUCCGGCUCCCGAACCGAUUCUAACUCAACUUCUCCGCACAACCAGCGCAUUCCACCAGCUCACGAACUAGGUCUCAAGGUAUACGCGUGGGGCGAGAUCGCCGUGCAUAUAUACCUACUUCUAUUCCUGGCCAGCGAGCGCCGCAUCCGCAAGAUGGGCGCGCAGUGGUACGAUGGUAGCGAAGAGGUCGUGAUUCGCAUGCCGACGUCUACUUCUCCUUCUACUUCCACGUCCACUUCUACUACUAACAGAGACCUGCCUGGGAACCUAGCUGGCUAG